ACAUCUUAACUUAAAGUUUUAAUCUUUGAUGAAAUUGGAUUUGGGUCUUUAUUAAUACAUUCAUGUUAGGUGUUAGAUAAAUUGUUUACUUAAUUUCAUGGGAUUUGGGUCUUUAUUGAUACAUGUAUGUUAGGACUUAUGUGUUAGACAAAAUGUUUACUUGAUUUCAUAGCUAGAAGGAAUAUCUUAGCUUAAAGUUUUAAUCUUUGAUGAAAUUGGAUUCGGGGUUUUAUUAAUACAUGCUUGUUAGGUGUUUGACAAAAUGUUUACUUAAUUUCAUGGGUAAGAAUGACCAUCUUAGCUUAAAGUUUUGAUCUUUGAUGAAAGUGGAUUUGUUUCUUUAUUAACACAUGCAUCUUAGGUGUUAGACAAAAUGUUAUACUUAAUUUCAUGGGUAAGAGCGGACAUCUUAGCUUAAAGUUUUAAUCUUUCAUAAAAACGGAUUUGGUUCUUUAUUAAUACAUGCAUGCUAGGUGUUAUAUGAAAUGUUAUACUUAAUUUCAUGGGUAAGAACGGACAUCUUAGCUUAAAGUUUUGAUCUCUGAUGAAAAUGGAUUUGGUUCUUUAUUAACACAUGCAUCUUAGGUGUUAGACAAAAUGUUAUACUUAAUUUCAUGGGUAAGAAUGACCAUCUUAGCUUAAAGCUUUAAUCUUUGAUGAAAAUGGAUUUGGGUCUUUAUUAAUUCAUGCAUGUUAGGUUUAGAAAAAAUGUUUACUUAAUUUCAUGGGUAAGGUUAAACAUCUUAGCUUAAAGUUUUAAUCUUUGAUGAAAAUGGAUUUGGGUCUUUUUUAGAAUAUGCAUGUUAGGUGUUAGACAAAAUGUUUACUUCAGACAGGAUUUUGCCCUUCUGCUAUAAAAGGUUUUAUUUAGUCCUAGGAUGAUUUAACCUUCACAAGGUAGGGGAAAGGUUGUGUACACACCACCCUCCCCAGACCCCACUUGUGGGAUAACACUGGGUAUGUUGUUGUUUUUGACGAUUUAAACAUGCAAUUGCACACUGGGAAGGCUGGUAUCAUUGAAGCAUAACAGAAAUCGACUUUUCGGAUUCCUUCCUUAUUUCUUGGAAUUUUCAGUUUUGUUUAUUCUUGAGAUGUUAAAGCAUUUUUAAGUACUCAUUGAUAACCGAUAGCAUACUUGUGUUGGCUAUUUGUGUAUGUGGGUGUUUGAAUUUGUAUUUUGCUGCUAUUAUGCUAUAUCCAAAUUAAACAACAUGUUGUGGUGUAAAUUUUCUUUUUCCAGGAUGGUUAUAUACUUAUAUGUCCAAUUGAUGUUUGAUUACUGCAUGCAUUUCAGAAUGCAAUAACUCAAUUCUGAACAUAUUUGGAUGCCGGGUACGCAAUCCUUAAGUAAGAUAAAGGAAAGUAAUAGUUUGUUGAACCACAAUCAUUUCCUCAGAAAAAGAAGGAAACAAAUAACAACAAAUAGAGUAAAUAAUUUCAUUUCAUGUAUAUCCCUUCUUUUUUCUAUUUUUGAAGUUACUCUAGCAUAUAUCCCUGAUAGCCUAGGAUUGAGGCGUAAUAGUAGUAGUUGUUGAAAGCCGCUCUUGUAUCAGUUUAUCACCUUCAAAAGAUUGACUAAGAAAAUAGUACACCUAACCUUUUGUGUAUUGAUGUCCUUACCACCCUCUUUUUUAUAAUGUAGUCUAUUAACUUUUGCGCGUUGAUAAUCCUUACCACUCUCUUGCUGAAAGAUACUCCCUCCGUUUCAAUUUGUUUGUCUUAAUAUUCUUUUUAGUUUGUUUUAAAAAGAAUGCCUCUUUCUUGAUUUGGCAACUCUUUAAUUUCAAUAUCCCACAUGGCAUAUUUAAGGCCACAAGAUUAAAGGGCAUUUUGGUACAUUAUACAUAUUUUUCGUUUAAGACCACAAAAUUCAGAAGUAUUCUUUACUUUCUUAAACUUCGUGCCCAGUCAAACUAAGACAAAAUAUUGAAACGGAGGGAGUAAUUAAAUUUGACGGAUUGAUUUACAAGCUCAACUCAUUUUACUAGUUAGACAAAGAAAAAUAAUUUGAAGGUGGUAAGCAUAGCUUUUGAAUUAAGUAAAGGUACCAUCGGAUUUUAAAUUAGAGGAAGCAGUAAAUAUACUUUAGCUCUUGUUUUUCCUUUUCCUUGUAGGCAUCCUUCACUUCUGGUUUUUUUCCUUUUCCUUGCCACCCUGAGUCUUCCUCUUUAGAAUUCCAUAAGAACUAUAUCAUUGUUACUCCAUUUUCGGAUGAACUCUCAUUUUGCUGUAUGAGUAUCAUAUGUGAAAGUAAAAAAUGUGCAAAUGCAAACAUGAAUGGUAUUAAAAAGGAGAAAUUUACAUGUCUGUGAAGUCAGGAGGACAGUCAUCUCGAAAUUUUUUGGGAUUUGAGUAAUAUGCAGAGCAAAAAUCAAAUUCCCCAUAUGUGCAUGCUGUUGUGUUUGAAGCAAUGUUUCAGAGAGGAAAAAUGUGCUCUUCAUCUGUAGGAAGAUUUACCUAGCAUUAGGAAAACUUAUCUCUUUAAUGAUACUUAGAGAGUCUGGGGCUAUUUUAAGUAAGUCCCUUGUAGUAAGCCAGUGUUAAAAAUCCUGAUGUUUCUAAGAAUAAACUAUGGGUUACUGAGUUACUUGAUAUUCCUUAACCUUUCAGGUUACUCAAAGCAUGAUUCGUCAAGCUUAGUCUAAUUAUUCUGUGUUAUAUAUGGGUUUUCGUCUUCAUCUUUUACUGAUCAUUGUUGUUUCUAUUACUCGUUUAUGUCUCUUAUCGUUGUUGCACCCAUGGUGUAAUUUUUUGUUUUCUUCAGUUCACAGGCGGUCUUGUUUGCAUACUGCAAACACAACACUUCUUUGCUUUCCGGAGUGCCGUUGCAUGAUAGUAUAACACAAUGAAGUGGCUACCGAGGCUAGUACUAAGUAAAGAAGUAAGAGCUUUAUGACUCGACAAAAAUGAGACUUCUUUCACAUCACUUCAGCUCCAAGGAUCUUUUGUCUAUGAUCGUUUGUUCUUCUACUUGGCUGUCAAAGGCCGAGCCACUGCCUACAUGGUACAAUUUUAAAUGCCAUUAUCAUCCACAACAUGCAGAGCAAGAUAGAAAACGAAGACAAUCUGAUGAAGAACAAAAACAGAACAAGAAAGAAGGACCUUCUAUUGGCUCUCCAGCUCGAAUCCAGAAGCUUAUUGCUUCCCAAUCGGAUCCACUCCUUGCUAAAGAAAUUUUUGAUUUAGCCUCGCGAGAACCCGAUUUUUGUCACUCAUAUGCCACUUUCCACACCCUCAUCCUCAAGCUUGGCCGGUCCCACCAGUUCUCCCUCAUGCAGUCCAUCCUCUCUUCCCUAAGAUCACAGCAAUAUUCCGUUUCCCCAUCUCUUUUUUCGCACAUCAUCCAAAUAUAUGGUGAUGCUGGCCUACCUGACAAGGCACUUAAAACUUUCUAUACUAUCCUGGAAUUCAAUAUGAAGCCCCUUCCUAAACAUCUCAACCUCAUUCUUGAAAUACUCGUUACUCACCGAAACUUUCUUCGUCCUGCAUUUGAUCUCUUCAGAUCUGCACAUAAAUAUGGAGUUUUAGCCAACACCGAGUCCUACAACAUACUAAUGCGGGCGUUCUGUUUGAAUGAUGAUUUAAGUAUUGCAUACUCGCUGUUUAAUCAAAUGUUUAAGAGAGACAUCAGUCCUAAUGUAGAGUCAUAUAGGAUUCUGAUGCAAGGUUUGUGUCGAAAAAGUCAAGUGAAUACAGCUGUCGACUUGCUCGAAGACAUGCUGAAUAAAGGUUUUGUUCCCGAUGCUUUAAGUUAUAGCACUCUAUUGAACAGCUUGUGUCGGAAAAAGAAAUUUAAGGAAGCUUACAAACUUCUUUGCAGAAUGAAAGUAAAGGGUUGCAAUCCGGAUAUUGUCCAUUAUAAUACAGUUAUUUUAGGGUUCUGUCGAGAAGGUCGGGCUGUUGAUGCCUGUAAAAUCCUCGAGGACAUGCCAUCGAACGGGUGUCUUCCAAAUUUGGUCUCUUAUCGGACAUUAGUUGGGGGUCUAAGUGAUCAGGGAAUGUACGAUGAGGCUAAGAAUUACAUGGCGGAGAUGAUGUCAAAAGGCUUCUCUCCGCAUUUUUCUGUGGUUCAUGUGGUGGUGAAAGGUUUCUGUAACCUAGGUAAAAUCGAGGAAGCUUGUGGAGUAGUGGGGAAUAUUUUGAGUCACGAUGAGGGCUUACAUGCAGAUACAUGGGAAGAAAUUGUAUCCAGGAUCUUGGAAUGGGAUGAUGCAGAAAAAGUAGGGAAUAUCUUGGAGGAAAUUGUUAGAGCUGAGAUAAAACCUGAUACGAGAAUAGUGGAGGUUGGCCCUAGGUUGGGUGAAUACUUGAUGAACAGGAGAAAAAGUAAAUCAAGGAAGGGUAUGAUUUCAUAGGACGAGAAUUGGUCCUGCUGUAUACAUGGAAAGGAUGAUUAUGUUUACCUUGAAAGAUAUCAAAUGCACAUGAAACCUGGUAGUGGACUAGUGGUUAAUACAACCCCCAAAGGAAUCUAGUUUCAGAAAGUAAAUUUGAAUUUAUCUUUGCUAACUCGUCUGGCCUGCUCAUUGACAUGUUUGUUUUAGCAAGGUUUCAACAGUUUUCAAGGGAUGAGCGGCGUAAGAGUUGUUGGUGCAAUAGACUUGACAAUCAUGUUGAAAUUCUCAACAUUAUGCCUAAGAAAGAGUGGAGCAACUUUGACAGAGGCAGAAAUGCAAAGACAUGAGCAAUUUACUAAACUAUCUUCAAUGUCAAGUUAGGUUGGUUUACUGUCAUCAAAUAUUAACGUAGGCGUGGAUUCAGAAACUGUGGUAAUUGUGGUUUGAACUUGUCUGUUUGUACUUAUAUUGAAUGCAACUAAUAUAACUCUUGUAAUAUGUUCUGAUUUUAUUUAGUAUCGUUUAUCUUUUAGCUUUAA